UAGUUUUUCGAGAUUUACGAUUAUACUGUAAAUACAGUAGCAGCUGGCUGAUCUCAGAACUUAUUCAAGCCUAGUCUUAAAGGAUCCCCGUGAUUCUGCCUCGACAACAUGACUCGACAGCCAGUCUCAUCCUCUCCCCACUCUCUGUGUGAAGCAGUGUCUCCUUCCCUCUCCACAGUUUCCAGCUGUGUCCUCUGCUCCCGGUUUUUGUGCUGCGCUUAAAGAGUCGGUCCUGUUUAACUAGAUCAACCCCUUUUAAGAUGUAAAGACUUCAGUCACAGCCCCCCUCCGAUUCUUCUUGGCUCCAGGCUAUAUUGACUCAGAUCUUUCUAUUCGUUUUGGCGAUUCAGUCCCGGGACUCUCUCGGGCAGCUACAGAGAAUGGUCACAAAUCAACCUCUGCUUAAUGUCUAGUAUCUGCGUUUGAGGGUUCGGUUUGGAUCACCCAUUUAUUUCGCUUAUGACUCGAUCAGCCGGAUUUAAACCCUGGCCUCCGCAGGUUUAAAGGCACGAGUGUUUAUUGAACACACACCUCAAUCGACAGUGUCCAGACACGCCUGUAAGAAAGAAUGCUACUCUUUUUGCCGGAGGAGUGAAGUGUGCUCAGACAGCACAGCCCCGCUCCUAGUCAGCUUUCAGACGAUAAUCUCCAUGGAAAUGUUUUUAAAUAGGUCUGUCCUUUAAAAAAAAAAAAAGUUGUUUCCUGAGGGAAUAAAAACUCGACCCCAUCACCGAACAGAAACUGAAACAGAGAAGCCGCUGCGUCUUGCUGCUAUUCGUCAAAGACAAAUGAAGUUAUUCCUGGCCUGUGCCGUGCUCCUGUGUGCUGCCCUUCACCUCAGCCAGUCGCAGUGCUUGGAGGGUCUCGCCAGCAUGGAAUUGUCCGCAGAUGGUCAGUAUGUGGUUCCCACACACUGUACCGACCCCUUUGACAGCACCCCGUACCCAUUAGGUGCAGAGUGGAGGACUGGAGCCUGCAUGGAAUGCUUGUGUGAGGGGGGCGGGUUCCGAUGCUGUCCUGUCGAAUCAGGAAGUGUUCAGGACCACUGGAACGAGAUCUUUUUCUUUGUACAACAUCUGGCUCACAAGUUCAUAAGCCCCCAGCUCCGCAUGUCCUUCAUCGUGUUCUCCACAGAGGGUCGGAUCCUCAUGAAGCUCACGGAAGACAGAGAGCAGAUCAGAGAGGGACUGGCGGAGCUUCAGAAAGUGAUUCCCGGAGGAGACACCUAUAUGCACGAAGGAAUCCAAAGGGCCAGUGAACAGAUUUACUAUGAGAACACGGAAGGUUACCGGACCGCCAGCGUCAUCAUUGCCCUGACGGACGGGGAGCUGCAUGAGAAUCUGUUCUACUACGCCGAGCGAGAGGCUAACAGAUCCCGCAGUCUGGGGGCCACAGUGUACUGUGUAGGGGUGAAGGAUUUUAAUGAAACUCAGCUGGCUAAGAUUGCAGACAGUAAGGACCAUGUGUUUCCGGUGAAUGAUGGCUUUGAAGCUCUGCAGGGAGUCAUUGACUCGAUCCUGAAGAAGUCCUGUAUUGAGAUCCUGGCUGUAGAACCCUCCAGCAUCUGUGCAGGAGAAUCCUUUCAGGUGGUGGUACAUGGGAACGGAUUCCUCCACACGCGCAACGUCGACAAGGUCCUGUGCAGCUUCCGAAUCAACGACAGCAUCACACUCAUGGAGAAGCCCCUGGUUGUGGAGAACACCUACCUGCUCUGCCCCGCCCCCAUCUUGGAAGAAGUGGGAACGGAAGCUUCGCUGCAGGUCAGCAUGAACGAUGGCUUGAGCUUCAUCUCCAGCUCCGUGACCAUCACCACUGUGCGUUGCUCUGACGGGACGAUCCUGGCCAUCGCCCUGCUCAUUCUACUCCUCCUGCUGGCCCUGGCUCUGCUCUGGUGGUUCUGGCCUCUCUGCUGCACUGUGGUUAUAAGGGAGCCGCCACCCCCUCCUUCAGACGACAGUGAGGACGAGGAGGAGGACGGGACUCCCAAGAAGAAGUGGCCAACGGUGGAUGCUUCUUAUUACGGGGGCCGUGGCGUGGGGGGAAUCAAGAGAAUGGAGGUGAGGGGGGGCAGGGGGCAGGAGCUUUAUUGGUAGUUGUUGAAAUUUUCUAAUCCUAUUAGUGAAAACAACAUAUUACAGACAUAAAGAAACUGUGAUGUCACGUACCACCCCCCACCCCCAGAUUUAACUUUCACGUGAUUUGAUUGGCU